CCUGCGCUGACGUGUUCAGGAAGUGUAAACAACAAUCCUGCACGGAAGCUGCAACAUGCAUCGAGAAUUAUAGCAUUUCGUUGCCAAUAAUAAAGCUGUUGUAUAGUAUCGGUCAUGGAGAACUGGAGCCUUGUGUCCAUUUGUGUUUUGUUCGGUCUUACGGCAAGAUGGGCUGUAUCCUUGAACUCUUAUUCAGGGGCAGGCAAACCACCCAUGUUCGGGGACUACGAAGCUCAAAGGCACUGGCAAGAAGUGACAUACAAUCUGCCUGUUCAUGAAUGGUACUUCAACACUACAGACAACAACCUAAACUACUGGGGUUUGGACUAUCCCCCUCUCACAGCCUACCACAGCCUGCUCUGUGCACAUGUGGCCAAGCUGAUAAACCCAGACUGGGUGGAGUUGCAUGCGUCUCGAGGUCAUGAAAGCUAUGGACAUAAGUUGUUUAUGAGAGCCACAGUUCUUGUUGCAGAUCUGCUGAUAUACAUUCCUGCUGUUGUUCUUUACAGUUUUUACCUCAGUGAAGGAUCAAACAAAAAGAAGGUCUGCACAGUCCUCUGUAUCCUGCUCUAUCCAGGCCUUAUUCUAAUCGACUACGGGCAUUUCCAAUAUAACAGUAUAAGCCUGGGGCUGGCCCUAUGGGGUGUGGUGGUUCUGGGUCUGGGCUGGGACGUGCUGGGCUCUCUGGCCUUCGUCCUGUCCCUCAACUACAAACAGAUGGAGCUCUACCACUCCCUACCCUUCUUCUGCUACUUACUGGGCAAGUGUUUCAAGCAGGGCCUGGCAGGCCGAGGGCUGUUCCUGCUAGUCAAGAUCGCUGUAACAGUCCUGGUGACCUUUGCCCUCUGCUGGCUGCCCUUCCUGUCUGACCCUGGCCAGAUCCUGCAGGUGGUGCACCGCCUUUUCCCUGUGGGGCGAGGCCUAUUCGAGGAUAAAGUGGCCAACACGUGGUGCAGCUUGAAUGUCCUGAUAAAGAUCAAGACCAUCCUGUCCACUGAUACCCAGCUCUACUUCAGUUUGACCACCACUCUCCUGGCUAUCCUACCUUCGUCUAUAAAACUUUUGAUGAAACCUACAUUGUGGCAGUUCAAACUUGCCUUGGUCAACUCCUCUCUGGCAUUCUUCCUCUUCUCCUUUCAAGUCCAUGAGAAAUCAAUCCUCCUGCCUGCCUUGCCAGUCUGCCUACUACUGAAUGACCUUCCUCUGCCAGCCAUCUGGUUUCUACAGGCUUCCACCUUCAGCAUGCUGCCGUUGUUUCUGAAGGAUGGCCUGUUGGUGCCGUACGUGGUCACCUCCCUGGCCUUCCUGUUCUUCUCCAUCUACCUGCUCUCAGCCUUUGAGCACUGCUCAGAGGACAAGCUGCGUCUGGGGCCCUACCGCCGCCUCCUCAUCUGCAUGCCCCGCAUGGACCUCGGCAGAGUCACCAAGUGGAAAUUCUAUUUCUCCAUCACGGCUAUGGCUGGUUUGAGCUUUAUGAGCGUGGCUUUGGCCCCUCCGGAUCAGCUGCCCGAUUUGUUUCCCCUCCUGGUGUCUGUGUUCUCCUACCUACACUUCCUGGGCCUCCUCCUCUACUUCAACAUUGUCCAGAUAGCCGAGCCACUACAAUCUGUGAGGAAGAACCAGAAGAAAAGUAACUGAGUAAUCAUUAGGGAGGUAGGGACCAGAUGAUAACAGAGUAAUCAUUAGGGAGGUAGAGACCAACUGAUAACUGAGCAAUCAUUAGGGAGGUAGAGACCAAAUGAUAACUGAGUAAUCAUUAGGGAGGUAGAGACCAAAUGAUAACUGAGUAAUUAUAAGGGUGGAAAAAACUGUUUUUCUGUUGGGUGGUGACCACCCAGUUCUAACUAAGCACAGUGCUUCAGUCAAUUAGCAAUAAGGCCCAUGGACCAAUUACCAGUCUAGGGCCAAUAAUUUAGAAUCUUUAUUCUCUAGAGAACCUUCCUGUCAACAUGAAUGGUUGCUGUUUUGUCAAUGCCUAAUUAUGUACAUCAAGCAUGAUUAUUUUUUACUUUACUGUUUUUCAAUAUUUUCAAAUGUAUGUGACAGCAUUACAUUUAUUUUGUACCAAUAGAGUAUUUGUCUUAAAAUAAAAUCACCUGAUAUGAA